UGUUUGCUUCUUCUGCUAGAGGUUUGAGUCACACACCACCAUGCAGCAUAAAGCUCACCAACCACUGCUGCCCUGUGCCAGCAAAUACCUGCAAUACAGGUGGGAUAAGAGCGGCUAUGACAUACACAAGAAAAAGAUUCAGUCUGCGAAGGCGACGGUUAACACAAGUCCACCUAAGAUCUAUGAUCACAUUCUUAUGAAAAGGAAAAAGAAAAUGCUGGAGGAAGAACGACUUUCAAUGAUCCAAAGAGAAAAUCAUAUGCUACUGGAUAAAAUAUCCCACAUCAAGCAAACCACGGGGCAAAUUGACUGUAGAAAUGAGUAUGUCAAUAAAAGGCUUGACACAGACAAAAGGCAAGAAGCGUUGCUUGAAAUUGUGAAGGAUAAUAAAAUAAUGCUCCGACGUUUAUCACAAUGCACACCAUACUACAGCGUACAGGUGUGGAAUGAACAGUGGAUAAAAACCCUUGAUCUUAUGAAGAGCAUUGGGCGAUUCCCACCAUUAAGCCAUGCUCAGCCACCUGUAGAUGUUUUGCCGCAGAAGACCAUGGUGUUGUCUAAAGGAAAAGCAUAAGAAGAACAGAUGAGAUGAAUUUCUACACAGUGAAAAGGACAUGACACUGGAGAGUGAAGAAAAAGACAAGAACAUGCAGAAAGAACCUGAGGCUCAUAAAAUUGACCAAAUACUUUCAAUUUUACUUUCAGAUAAUCAGUUUUAUAUGAAUGAUUUUCCAUAGUAAAGCUAAAAUCAUUGUAUUUAACAGACUACAUUACAGAAACUACAAUCACUGAACAUGAACUGAUUACAUGUAAUAUAAUGAUUAUUAGCCUGUAGUUUAUGAGCGCACCAAUGUUACCCUCUAGGCUUAGUUGAAUAUUAGGGAGGUUGAAUUGAAUAUUUGUAGACUGCAAACAUACUGUACGUUCAUUCAUGAGCUCAUGUCUUACAAUAAUACAACCAAAGUUUGCUUAAGUGUUAAUACUCACCCUUAUGAAGCACCUUCAGUUUGAUAAAUAUGAAUGAGUGAGUGAGUUACAAGGCCAAGUCCAUGAGGUUGUUUGCAUCUAAAAUGACCUAACUGAAGCAUGUUAAUUUGACGAGAUGUUACUUUAAACUGUAAUCAUUAAGGAAAUUCAUAACAUAUUUUCCAAGCGACUUGAACAAGAGCGACAAAAUGGUGGCUGGAAGACAAGCAUUCGGUUUACUGAAGAUGUGUGAAUACUUUACUUGAAUAUGUAAGCAUAUACAGUCAGGUCCAUAAAUAUUUGGACAUUGACAAUGUUAUUGUUAUUUUAGAUGUCUACAACUGUAUAUUGGAGUUGAAAUUAAAUAACGAAUAUGACCUCAAUGUGUCUCAAUAUGACCUCAAAGUGUCUUCAGGUUUGACCACAUAUAAAAAGUGCUGUACUUCAUACACCAUUCACCUGAUUUAAACGUAAAUAUCUUCAAAUUAAAGGUGAAAGUCUGCAGUUUGAGUUCAUAUUAAUUAUUAAAUUUCAACUCCAAUAUACAGUGGUGGACAGCUAAAAUAACAAUAAAGUUGCCUAUGUCCAAAUAUUUAUGAACCUGACUGUAUAACCCUGAUAUUUGAACAUGUCACUGUACCUGUUGAUGAUUUACCUGCUAUGGAAGAAUCAUGCUGCAUCCGAAUUUUAAAAUUUGUUUGUGUUGCUGCCUUAGCCUUUGCUACAGUCAUAAAGAAGCAUAAAGAUUUUAAUGCCUGGAAUACAGUACUAAAACUCUUUAUAGAUUUGCAAUGCUCUAUGAUACAGAGCUACUGAGCUCCCAAAAUCCAGUGAUCCACCCUCACAUAUCAAUACUACUAUAAAUAUAAAUGCAGUGCCUACAGUAUUUUGGACAACUUACACAUUAUAUAUUGUAAUUAAUUAUAGGUUAUUUAACUUAGGGUACUGGAAAUAAUCCUGUGAAAUGUGAGGGUUAGUUAUAUGGCUAGUCAUAUAUUAACAAACUGUAAAUUCGACAUACUAUUGAGUGAUUCAACCUUUUCAGUGACUUAGAGUAAUACUGUUCUGUAAUUAUUUUAAUAAUAUGAAGUAUGUACUCUGAUGACUUUGGUAAUAUUUAAUGAAAACAAAUAAGUGCUCACUCACACUAGCAACAUACUUGUCAGCAAAAAUUGCAGUAAGAAUUAAGAAGCAUGUCAAUGGAAUUUGCUGCUGUGAGACUUCUGGUGUAAAUUUUGCAAGCAAAACUUCACAAUUAACCUGAACUUUGAAUUUUGCUGACUAAUAGCACCUGCACUGACCUUUGGCAUAUUCAUAUUGCAGGAGUUAACAUAUGAGCACUAAUUUUAGCAUUGUGUAAACAUGACAUAUAUUAGACUAGGAUACAUAACACUUCAUUUGUGUGUUCAUGUGUGUGUUGUUUUUUUAUUAAUAUUUUUUACAGCUCAAUAAGAAAACCUUAGGUAGAAUUGAUUUAGUAAGCUGGAGGAGUUAAUUUUCCAUCAUGAAGCUAAAAUAGAAACUUCUAAAACUAUUUAUAUACUACAGUAAUUUUUUAUUAUUGUGGUGAUGAAUUUUCAAGCAUUCAGGCAAAAUAGGAGCAAUAUUUUUAGAUGUAUGCUGUGUGGAUGUUGGUAUUUUGAUUUAUUCUUAUGAUUUAUGAGGAAAGAUAAUUCAAGUUAAUCUGAAUCCUCUUGGUCACUUGUUCAACUUCUUUCAUUUGUUCGUGUCUCUCCAGCUAUAGUUUAGACUAACCACCCAGCUGUAGCAUUUUAAGCUUAGUUUAUUAGACAAGAUUUAAGUUUCUACACUUGGCCCUGUAAUGAAAUGUAACUGUUCAUUGACACAAAAUGAAUAUAUACCAAGAGAUGUUACAUAAUAUCAGUAAGUACAAGAGAUAACAUUAAUGUCCUAUACUACAAUAUUAUCAUAUAUCAGACUACAGAUCCUGCUCUGAUGCACUGAAUCCAGAGAGCAUGGUUUUAUGAGGUUAUCUGCGUAUUCCUAAUUAGUAAUAACCACCAGAGGUCAGUUUGAAAGUGAACCGUUUCUGCUGCCCCUAAUUGCAGUUCAGUAAAGUUUUUGUACACAGCAGUUUUAAAGCUAAAACUAUUCGGACAUUAUGGUUGUCGGAUUAUGCUAUAUGUUAUGUUAUCAAUUAUAUCAAUUUAUAUCAGUAUGUUUAUGUUAUCAAGCUAUGAAUUUUGUGUCAAUUUCACCAACACAUUCCAGUCUGGUGGUAUUGUGGAUGAUCUGGUAACUGAGCAAAUCUACUACAUGUAAAGCAACAGCAAAAAAAAAACCUCUCAAAUAAAAUGAAAAACUCAUCACCACUUGGUUGAGGAAAACCAACCACUAUUACCAGUAUGUACAGUAGAUUCACACAGCCUGCACUGAGUGGAGCUGCAAGAACACAGACAUAUAGAAUUACAUUUGUUUGUGAGUAAAGUAUUACAUUUGACAGAGAAAUAUUAAAUGUUGAGAGGGCAACUGUGAUCUGAGCAUACAAAUAAAGGAAUGUACUUAU